UCACGACGGGGGUUGUCCCGGAAAAUCGGAAAACUGUUGAUUCCACUCACGAGAUAUUUGUUUAUCCCCACACGGAAUCCGUAAGUUGUGAGUGUCGGACCUGUCCCUGUCAGCAGCGGCGAAAUUUCGAGUAGAUUUUCGAUUUGUAUAACUUUUGGGCGCAUCUUCGGUCUACCAGUUCGAAGCACCGAUGAGUUUUCGACAAUUUUUAGAUUGAGAAUCAACAGAUCACCCCGUAAAUCAACCGACGGAUCAGAAAUCAAGACUGACAAUGAGUUUCCUCAAUUCUCUCUCGGAAAUAGUUAGUAAUAGUGUAGCAGGACUAUCUCUGAGUCCAAAAAGAUUUUCCCUGAGCCGAGCGGACACGUCGGAGAGCGGCUCUGCGGGGCUCACUCCGGGAUCUCGCAGCAACUCCGGCGACAGCAACACUCCGGGGUUUCCGAAGGUCCUGCCGACACCGGGAGCCAGUGCAUUAGUUCAGCGUCGUAAAAGCACCCUGGAAUGUCUCGUGCCUGCGCCCCCCGUACGACGACCCGGUUCGUUCAGACAGAGAUCCCCGAAGACCACCCCCGUGGAGAGGAGGCCGUCCACCUUUUGCACGAGGAGGUUGAGCUGGCCGGAGAUAGACCACCAGGUCCGUUCUGGGGUUCAAGAGAUCGACGGCGUUUACUUCGAGAGCUUCACCGCGCUGGCAUGGAAGCAGGAGAAUCAGCGGCAGAGCGCGCUGAAAAACGCCGAGAUCUCGGCCGCCGAUCCUCCACCUCAAGAGGCAGAGCUCGGGAUAACCCCUAUCGAUUAUUCCAUCCCCCACAGCGAAAAAGACAAAUUGUACGUCGAGAUGCUCUACACAAUUGCCAAUACGGUUGGAGCUCCCGCUCCUGGUGGACAAUAUGCACACUACAAAGAAGAUCUGUAUUUAUAUGGUCAACGGGCAUUUGGUAUGCCUCCCGACAGGCAUUAUCGAAUGUUACACACAGCCGGAGAAGAAAAACCCCCCAUAGUCGUUUUGAGUGUGGUCGUCAUGGAAGCUGAGGGAUUAGAGGCCAAAGAUGCAAACGGUUUCAGCGACCCAUACUGUAUGUUGGGAAUUCAACCAAUGGCGGCCCCCUGCUCCCCUCAGCCACAUACCCCGAAUAGGACGCUCUCAGAUGCCUGUUUACCAGAAGGUCCAGGUAAUCACGAGAAGUUACGAAAACAUCACAGCUUCAAGCUGAGUUUCAAACGGAAGGACGGCAGGGUGAGGGAGCAGCGAGACAGUUUGGGUGGAGCGCUGCCUGCCAAGUUCAUAAGGGCCACUUCCGUCAAGCCUCACACCCUCAACCCCAAGUGGAACGAGAAAUUUCGAUUCGACAUUGACGACAUAAACGGCGAUUCCCUCCAUUUAGACAUAUGGGAUCAUGACGAUGAAAGUUCUGUCCUUGAAGCAGUGAGCAAACUGAACGAAGUGCGUGGAGUCCGUGGCUUAGGCAGAUUCUUCAAGCAGGUUUGCCAGUCUGCUCGUCAGAGCUCACAGGAUGAUUUCCUGGGAUGUGUAACUAUACCCCUUCAAGAAAUUCCAUCAACAGGGUUAGAAGGCUGGUUCAAACUUGAAGCGAGGUCACAAAGGAGUUCUGUACAAGGAAGAAUUCGUCUUAAGAUCUGGCUCUCAACGCGAGAGAACCAUGGUGCAUCAGACGAGGAUAACUGGAGCGAACUCAUGCAACACGAGGGUUUAUACAAAACUUUCGUGGAUUACGAACUUAGGAAUUGUACCCGGGAAACUUGGACUUGGAAUGGAGAUCUCCCAGGGCCUGCACUCACUAUUUUGCAUCAGCACGCUGUUCAAGGAGAUCUGUCGGAUCUACAGAUGGCAGCAGUUCGUUUCGUAGCAGCUUCUGGUAUUUACCUAAAGCAUUCCCUGAACCCUCGAUGGAUGUAUCAACUUCUGACAGAUAUCGAAAACUCCUGGCCUAAUUCCUCCUUAACAAGGGAGGAAGAGAUGUGGUUAGCAGAGAAAUUCACUGCAAUGCAAGAAAGAUGGUUGCAGCAAUUGCGGCAUCACAGGCAGCUCUUUCCUGCUCUCCACCCUCCAUCUUUAGCACGGUUAGAGUACAUUUUGAGGUGCCUGGCUUACCUGUCGAACAUGAAGUCAUUCUGGAAAUGCUGCCCCUUCAACAAAGAGAUCAGGGGAGAAAUUGUGGCCACACUCAGAAAAGGUACUCCGGAAUGGUUCAAUUGUUUGAAAUCGGUCGUGAUGCCAACUGAUGAAUACGACAACACGUUCGUAGAUUUCUGCACAGAAGUUUACGUCCAUUUGGAACAUGGACUGUCUCAUUAUCAUCCGUUAUUCGAAGGGACCAAUGGAAUACCGUAUUUCAGUGUGAUAUUCAAACAGAUCGAUAAACUCAUGUCAGACGAAGUUAUAACUUUCCUCAAUCAGAACGAGCAUCCAGACUUAGCCUACAGCCGUUUGAUAUUUUCGGUUUACCUUGAGGUGAAAGAUCUUGCUAGCUUCGGUCACAACUUGCCUUCGGGAGGGGAUCACAAACUUCUGCUGCCCAAGUGUCACGAAUGGUUCGAGCCAUCUGUCAGCUGUUGGUUGGACGUCUGCAAGGCUAAGGCUCUUCAAAGGGUUAGGGUAUCGGUAGAACUCCAAAAACCCUGCGAGGGCGAUAAGAUAGUCAAGCACAGUUCAUCGGCCGUAGACGUGGUAGCCAUGUUCUGUCAUCUGAGGGAUUUUUGGAGGUUGCUCCAGUGGCCUAAGGCGGUACAGUCAAUCUCCCUAUUAUCGCAACUUCUAGACUGCAUAUGCUCUGCAGCUUUACUCUACGCGGACAUCAUCUAUCAGGGUCUUAUGGAAACUGGAUAUUUCGACAGACUGGGGCCUUUCAGCGUAUGCGAAGACAUGUGCACGGCACUGAACAACUUAGAAUAUGUAUAUAAAUUUGUAUCGUUAUUAGAAAACUAUUUCGAUUUCGUCACUCUUGAAUCCAUAGCCAGCGAAUCCCAAUUUUUCACCCUGAAGAAUCAACUAGAAGGUACUUCGAGUCAAUUUCAACUGCGGAUGACGGAUAUCAUCCAGAGAGUGGGACCACAGAUGCAGGAAACGUUGAGGAAAACUAUGUUUCAUGUGGCUUGGUCGCCAGAUACUCUGCCUACCAAUCAGGCUGUGGAACCGCUUUUCGACUAUUUGCAUUCCCAUCUUCAGCUGCUGAAUUUGUAUCUGCUACCGCAAAAUUUUCAAAAAGUUCUAUUAGAGGUGUGGGAAUACACUCUAGCAGAACUGAGCCACCAAAUGGACACCGGAGCUACUAGCGACGACCUGCCUUCCACCUUUCACGAUAGACUCUACGGCGCCCUGGAAUUGAUGACCGAAUUUUUCUACAGCGACGGACAAGGUCUUUCCUUCGACAGCAUACAUUCCGAAAGCUUCUAUCGCAUCGAACAAAGACUGCAGUAUCAUCGUACCGAUACCGACAAACUUAUCGAAAAAUUCUACAACCAAAGAUUGGAAGAACAGAACACCAUCACCAGUAGUCCAUACGGUGUCCUUGCUGUGAGGGCUUACUUCAACCAUGACUCGCUCUGCGUCGAGGUCCUUCACGCCAGGGACAUAAUCCCUCUAGACCCCAACGGUUUCAGCGAUCCUUUCGUCAUAAUCGAACUGUUACCUCAUAAGAUAUUCCCGCACUGCAACGAACAACAGACGAACGUGCACAAGAAGACGCUGAACCCCAUCUUCGACGAGUGCUUCGAGUUCAGCGUGUCGCUGGACCAAUGUCGAUCCCAGGGGGCGAUGAUAGCCUUCACCGUCAUGGAUCACGACGUCCUUACGGCCAACGAUUUCGCAGGGGAAGCCUUUUUGGCCUUGGGAAGCAUACCAGGCAUAGCUGGCACUGGACCUGGAGUGGAUAAUUUCCACGGAUUGAAACCCGUGGAGUUGAUACUGAUGCAGCAACACCAAAGAAAUCACCCUAUAUUGCAGAUACUGGAAUCGAGAACUGGAGAUCGUCUGGCCUCUGAUUUCGUGAGAAAACAAAAGCUGAGGUUUGCGGUCAAAUAAAAUCCUAGCUAAUUAUAACCAAUCAAUACAAUAAUUAUCCUUCAUAAAAAUCGUCGACUGAUGUGAAUCUCGAAAAAAAAAUGAAAAUAUUUACGUGAAUCUAUCAGAAACGGUCCCUACACGAAUUCUCUUCGUUGGUGUUCAUUUCCGACAAUUUCUGAUAACACUAGGCAAUACGGAAUUUAUAUUAUGAAAGCGACAAUACGAAUUUGUUCUAAGGGAAAAAUAAUGAUAUGAAAUAUCCCCUAUAGGGUAGAUUUAACUAAGGGUAAGGGAAAACAUAACGAAUAAUCAUAAAACAACGCUAGUUAAAAAACAUUUUAUUCCCCUCCUGCCCACUUGUCCAUGCUUCGUAGUGUUUGCACAGGUCUGGCCUCAGAUGAGAGCGCUCGUAAGUAGAAGGUGUUUUGAAUGGUUCGUAUUAUCUAGUCUAGACGGAUUUUGGAUGAAGGAUUGAGAUGAGUAUCAAAUUAUCCUACCAGUUAAACCUAUGAAGCAUAGAGUUAUAUUGUUCAAUGAAAUUGAAGUGCUGAAGAAAAUCCUGCGUAGACGAAGGUAGUGAACAAUUUUUUGAAACUUCCCAAAGGCCUUUUUUAUAGUAUGUAUAUCUGAUGUGUGGAUAUAUUUUGGUGUGGAUAAUGAAAUACACCCUCUAAUUAGAUCCGCACCGACUUUUGGAAAUAAAAAAAUUAUACUUAAUUAAAAUCAAGACUUUCAAAAAGUCAUCGAUGAAAUUAAAACGUAAUGGCUAAAAAUAUGCUUUGUCAACGAGGCUCUUUGACAGCUGAGGCCCUUGAUCUAAAUAUUGCCCCCCUUGCCUAAUGUUAUCUAAUUUUGAUGGAACUUUUCGUAUGUUGUUGAUGAAACCUUAAUGGAUGUGACGCAGACCUCUUUUUGAAUAUCAUCACCAUAAAUCGAUCUUUCUUGGGAAAUAAUGGUUGUAAUUAGUGAGUAAACUAAAUCACCAAUGCUAUUUUUUCUACGUAAGGUCCACCUGGACUCUCAUUCCUAUUUCCAUUUUACUAUUGUAAAUAGAUUCAUAUUUUUAUAAGGCGGAUAAAUUGAAUACCCGAGAUAUCAGAUGAAUAGUGCGGAAUUCAGUUUAUUCGGGCAAAAAGUAUCUCAACACUACUGUAGUUAUUUUUAUACCUUGUGAUGCCUAACAACUGUUGUUUAUCGGGUUAAAUUUUGUGCUAAUCAAAAAUCUUCAGGAAUAUUGGGAAGAUAAAUAUUUAAAUAUUAUUUCGGGCAAAAUCACAAUCAUUGUAUCACGAUUUUCAUAACUGGCAUCUGUUGAUAGGUUUUUCACGAACUGAACGUUUGUUUCUUAAAGCGCUACCGAAACAUUUCUGCAUCAUUGUACCUCCUUCAGGAUUAUGUAUCAAUAUUCUUUUGAAAUGAAGAGAAUUACUUUCUUACGAGAGCCUGAUUGGACAUGCAGAAGAAAAAUUACAAUUCCUGUUUGAACAAUCAAAUAUACCUGAUUUUUAGUUCGAACUGAUAAUUAUACAUAAUACAGCACAAAACACAAGAUACAUAAGAUAUACAAUAACUAUUUUAUUGACAGUUCAAACUGACAAUUAUGUAUGCUAGUUCGAACAGGUGAUUAUAUAAUAUUUUUUCUUCAUCUCCAAUAGGCUAUUUUGUCAUUUUUUUCAUCACUAAUGAAGAAAAAUAUGUUAAUGUUUAUAAAUUUUUGAUUCGACUACAUAUUUCGAGCGUUUAGGGCCUGUACUUUCGGAUCUUUCGGUUUACUUGAAUAUCGGACGAUAAAUGGAUUUGUUAUUUGAUAGUAUUAUAUGUUUUGUUGCAUGCUAUUGUUGAAUUGGAAAAGUAUUAGAUUUUAAGGAACUGUUGAUUCUUUACAGUAUUGAAUAUUUUAUCUGACCUAAUUAUCGUAACAAUUUUGGACUGAAAUUUUGUUACAUCCUUCAUCAUAUUCCAAACAUUUAUAUGAUAUGAAUCGUCGUUGUAUAUAAGCUUGCUUUAGCGACUGUAAAAUUGAAAAAAUGAAACUGUCCAGAGUAUCCCCUGCAAGGUAUAAGACCUCUGAUCUACCUACUUUCCAAACAUAUCAUAAUGACUUUUCUCCACAGGGUGUGUUAUACUGAAAAAUUCUCCAAUCCUCUAAAGAUAUUUUUCUGCUAUAUUUAUCAUAGGAAUUGCAACGAAAGGUAUAUUUAUUAUGGAGAGACACCAGAAAAUGAUGACUAUUUUGUGAAUAUUGAAUUUAUCUUCAUACUUCAUAUCCACCAAGACGGGGCACUUGACCGUAUCCUUGAAAUUUAUUGCAAAUUGUUGAGUAUCAAAAGCAUCAAGAAGGGAUUUUUGGAUUGACUGUUUCGAAAAAAUAUCAUGAACUAACUAAAUGACAUACCCUUAUAACUUUCCAAUUCUCUGACAAAAAUUAGUCUUUUAUAUCACUUAUUUAUCAUAAUGUCCUUUGUCUCGUUUUUCAUUCUCAAAUUCGAACUAAUAAUAAUUUAGGUAAAAGUGGACCAACGUACAACGACAAACAUUCUUUGACAAUCCCAUAAAAAAUUUCACAAUCACCGAAUGAAAAGAACUGAUAUAAUUUGGAAUGAAUUUUCAAUUCGUCUGUGCCCUAUUGUGUUGUGAACAGGUUUUGAUCAUUUAGUAACCAUUUUCUCUUACAUGAAUUGAAAAAAAGAGGUAGAAGUCACCCUUGGAUUCUGAGAUAUGUCAUCAAAGUAUUUACUCGGAUUAGUACAUGAAAUAACUAAGGAAAAUUAAUAUUUCAAAGCUUAGCUACGUAAUGAUAUCUGACUCUCCAAAGGUGGCUUCUUUUUUUGUAAAUCUCUAUAUUAUCUCUUACUCUGAGAAAUUUAAAGUAUCACUGUUAUAUCAAUAAGCUUCAACUUCCAAGGCAAUCAGAUUCAAUCAUCACACACUUCAUCGAGCUUACUGUACUCUAUGUCAAUUGAAAUCAAACUAUGUAUUCCUUAUAGGAUUUUUUCUUUAUGUGAUAUACACCAUGUUAUAUGUAUUUGUCUGAAGAAUGCUAAUAAAUUAUUAUCAUCCG